AUGUUAAUCACCGAAGGGGAGUAUGUUUUAUUACUCAAAGAACAUUGCUACAAAUUCACUAAAAUAUCCUCAGAGAAGAAAGAGAAAUUUGAUGGAAAAGUAUUUUCUCUAAGGAACGCGAUUGGUGUGCCAUUUGGCUCUACAUUUUCCGUUUCAGGAGAUCAAAUUCAUCCCAUCAAACAUGAGUCAAUAAUUGAUAUAGAAAUUCCAUCAAAUAAUGAAGAAAAACAUGGCGGCGUUGAAUUAAAAGAUAACAGAAAUAUCAAAUAUUCUCAAGCUAAUCAAAAAUUAACUGGUUCUUAUAUCGAACAAUUGCGUCUCAAUGGUGUUUCAGGACAAGAUAUAUUAGACCAGUUAGUAGAAGGCAACUCAAAUUUUGAACAAAAAACACCAUUCUCUCAACAAAAGUACCUCAAGAGAAAGAAAGAUCGGCACUUGGGUUUAUUCUCAGUUGAAAAGCCUAAAGCACGCAUAUGUUUUGAAAUAUACAAUAAUAUUCGCCCAGAAAAGUGUCUUGGACUGCGUUUUGAUACAGUAUGUCGUAUCCUGUCUUAUGCUAAUAUUCAUGCAGGAUCAACUGUUCUUCUUUGUGAAACUUGUUCUGGACUCAUCACAGCUGCUGUACUUGAGCGUAUUGGCAUAGAUCAACCAAAAGGAUCUGUGAUUCAAUUUUACCAUGGUUCAUCGUUUCCGAAAUCAGAAAUUAGUCCUGUUUAUGGAAAUUCGUACAGUGAAAAAGUUCAUCCUGUUCGUUUAUUAGAUGUAUUACCAAUCUUGUUAUACAAAGCUACUUUAGACACCGAUCACGAUUUUGUGGGCAAUCAUGUGGAUGACAGCAAUUCCCAAAUUUCGUCUAAAAUUCGUAAAAUCGAUGAGGAUAUUUCUUCUGAGGAGAUAGCUCAGAUUGAAAACCAAAAUGCACCAAGACAAUCCAAAAUCAGUGAAUAUUACAUUUCCUCAUUCAAUCAAAUUUUUGGAAAUAAUCGUCCUACACCUGAUUCACUUGUCAUCGUUACUCGAUUUCAUCCGGUCGAUUUAACUUUAACCUUACUUCAGUUUCUGCCUAUUGGACGACCAUUUGUAGUUUAUACACAAUAUAUACAACCCCUUGUUGAUCUGUACAAUAUUUUAAAACGACGCGGUGGAAUAACGCAUCUUCGUUUAACCGAUAGUUGGUUUCGUCAUAUUCAAGUAUUACCAGAGAGAACGCAUCCUGAAAUUAAUAUGUCAUGUUCAAACGGUUACCUUUUAACUGGUUAUACAGUUGAACCUGUAUUAAGUACAAAAGAAUUUUUGGAGUCCGGACUUUUAUCAUCUGUUGGUUGA